AGCUGCAUGGCUUUCACUGGCCUUAACUCCAACCUUGUCGAAUGUGCUAUCUGCAACAAGCCAUGCUACAAUCCCAUCAAGUUCGCAAACAGCCAAGGUAAAGAGAAAUUUCCUCGCUUGGUCACAACAUUAUUUCCACUUGGGCCACAGCUGCAAGUGCUCUACCAUGAUACAAAGAGUGCCGAGGAGAUGGAAUAUCAGCAGCAGCAAACACAAAAAAUCUUUGACAAGCUUAAUGACCACAGUGCCAAACAAUCCUACAGUGACUUCCUUGAUGGCAAAGCCUAUCGUGAGGCUGUACAUGAUGGAAGGAUCAGAAAUGAUGAUAUUGUAGUCAUGAUGUCCAUCGAUGGCGCUCAACUGUACCAGAGCAAGCAGUCGAACUGUUGGCUUUACAUCUGGGUCAUUUAUGAGCGCUCUCCAGACAACCACUAC